AUGGCUAACGCGAAUAGUCUAGACCGUGCUAUCGAAAUUGUUCAAAAAGCUAUCGACGAAGAUGUAAAGCAGAACUAUAAUGAAGCAUACAAGCAAUAUUCGAAUUCUUUGGAUUAUUUCAUGCUUGCUUUGAAGUAUGAGAAAAACGAAAAGUCAAAGCAACUGAUUAAGACCAAGAUCAAGGAAUAUCUAGCUCGUGCCGAGACUCUCAAGCAACAUUUGACGUCCCAGAAUGAAUCACGUUCGAGAAAUGCAGUAGGCGUGAAUGGGUCUGGCGCUGGUAUUGGUGGGGCAGGAAAGAAGAAAGAUGGCGAGGACGAUGACCAGGAUCCCGAGACCAAGAAACUGCGAGCAGGGCUAGCGAGCGCGAUUCUAUCCGAGAAGCCGAAUGUCAAGUGGGACGAUGUUGCAGGCCUUGAAGGCGCUAAGGCUUCGCUCAAGGAGGCCGUCAUCUUGCCAAUCAAGUUCCCUCAUCUAUUUACCGGAAAGCGUACACCAUGGAAAGGUAUACUGCUAUACGGACCACCAGGGACGGGAAAGUCUUACCUCGCAAAGGCCGUUGCUACGGAAGCCAAAAGCACGUUCUACAGCGUUAGCUCUAGUGAUUUGGUCAGCAAGUGGCAAGGUGACUCUGAGAGGCUGGUGAAACAGUUGUUCGAACUGGCGCGUGAAUCCAAACCAUCAAUUAUCUUCAUUGAUGAAAUAGAUUCUUUGGCGGGGUCGCGUAACGAGGGCGAAUCGGAGGGUUCGAGGCGCAUAAAGACCGAGUUUCUGGUGCAGAUGAAUGGUGUUGGGCAUGAUGAUACGGGUGUGCUGGUGCUAGGCGCGACAAACAUUCCAUGGCAACUGGACAAUGCCAUCAAACGGCGAUUCGAGAAGCGGAUAUAUAUACCCCUCCCCGGUCCUGAAGCACGGCGGCAUAUGUUCCAGCUGCACGUAGGUUCAACGCCUUGCGAGUUGACGGCGAAAGACUACCGGCAAUUAGCAGAUAAGACCGAGGGCUACUCCGGUUCCGAUAUAGCGAUCGUCGUGCGCGAUGCUCUCAUGCAGCCCGUCCGAAAAGUGAUAUCGGCUACACACUUUAAGCGGGCUGCUGACCCCGACUCUGGCGAGCUUUCCAAAUGGACGCCUUGUUCACCCGGAGAUUCUGAUGCUGUUGAGAAAACGUGGUCAGACAUUGAUUCCGAGGAGCUAUUGGAGCCUCCAUUGAGGUUGAAUGACUUUUUAAGGUCAUUGGCUACUGUGCGGCCGACCGUCACUGAGGCGGAUAUUCGGCGGCACGACGAUUGGACGAAGGAAUCAGGUAAUGACGGUGCAUAG